UCCCUCAGACAUGCGUAGAUGCUGAUCCGUGCUGCUGGGUGCGCCAUAUUGGCUGGUUUGCAUGGGGAGUGGAGUUGGGCGAACCGCUUGAAAAACCAAACCAAUUUCUAGACAUGAAGCACUUCGAGGAUAACAAGUAAAUCAACGCGGUAGGAUUUAUUUGUUUCCUUGAGUGCAGAGUGUUUUAUUUGCCAAAUUGCUCGCCAUUUUCCCGAGAAGAGGCUCUCGGUAAAACUCGAAUCCAAUGGAUCCUGGGACCGCUUGGAUCCAACUGGAGCAGAAAGGACCUGCCAAUUCCCUGUGGAUGCACAUUUGGGAAACCUCUCAGAGAUUUGGAGCGAACUCCGGCAUCGACAACCGCUUUCACCACCAACGCAACUUUGCAACGCAAAAUGCUAACUCCACGGACUCAAACGGCGAGUACUGCAAAAAUGUAGCUCCGCCGCCGGGGGUUGUAUUUGGAAAACUGCCCGAGCGAGACGGCGGUGGAGAGAGGGGAAGUGUCCGGAGGAAGGGCUCGCUGUCGCCGUCCUCCUCCUCUCUGGAUUCGGAGGCCGAAAGCUCCUCGCCCUCCGGCUCUUCUCUGCAAAUCGACAAUUUGAACGUCGCCGAAGAGGCAAGCCGGUUUUUACACUACGGUGAGCACGAGUUGAACGAGAACAAUCUCAGGCGGCAACAACCCCCUCCGCCUUUCCACACUGUUCAGCAACACUGUCGCAGCAUGCAACAAUCCUUCGGCCACACCCCCACUGGGAUGAAAAAUCAGCAUGGGAACAAGCACCACCACCAUCGGUCACAUUCAUCCGGCCGCAGGAGGCAUCUGAACAGAGCCAACACUUUCCACGGCAUCAACCCACUCCUGUCCUACGGCUGCAAUGGACACUAUGUAGAUUCUUCCUGUAGCCUGUGGAAAACCAGGCGGUACAGCCCGGGCAUCAAUGGCCUUCAUGAAGAGAUAGUGGACUUUUUCAACUUUAUCUCACCGCGACCAGAGGAGGAGGCCAUGAGAAGAGAUGUUGUGAACAGGAUAGAAAGUGUCAUCAAGGACUUGUGGCCCACAGCACGGGUGGAGAUAUUUGGCAGCUUCAGCACGGGACUUUAUCUUCCAACAAGUGACAUUGACCUGGUGGUGUUUGGAAAGUGGGACCAUCCCCCACUGCAGGAACUUGAACAGGCCCUGAAAAAACACAAUGUGGCUGGCCCAUAUCCCAUCAAGGUCCUCGACAAAGCUACAGUGCCAAUCAUCAAGCUCACUGACCAUGAAACUGAGGUGAAAGUCGACAUCAGCUUCAAUGUAGAGACUGCUGUUAAAGCAGCACAGUUCAUCAAAAGCUAUCUUAAGAAGUACACUGUUCUGCCACCCCUGAUCUUUGUCCUGAAGCAGUUUCUACUACAGAGGGACCUGAAUGAAGUCUUCACUGGGGGAAUCAGCUCUUACAGCCUUAUAUUAAUGGCCAUCAGUUUUUUGCAGUUACACCCUCGGAUUGACACGCGGCGGACCAAUAUCAACCUGGGCUUCCUGCUGAUUGAGUUCUUUGAGCUGUAUGGCCGUGGUUUUAACUACAUGAAGACAGGCAUCAGGGUGAAGAAUGGAGGGGCUUACCUGCCCAAGGAGGAAAUGCUCAAAGCCAUGGGGAUAGGAAACCGGCCAUCCAUGCUCUGCAUCGAAGAUCCAAUACAGCCAGGGAACGACGUGGGCAGAAGUUCAUAUGGCAUUCUGCAAGUCAAGCAGGUGUUUGACUUUGCUUACAUGGUGCUGAGUCAUGGUGUGUCUCCUCUUGCAUGCGCUUACCCCAACAAAGAGUAUCACAGCACUUUAGGACGCAUCAUCAAAGUCAGCCCAGAGGUGUUGGCCUACAGGGACUGGACCAUCAAGAAGUGGGGAGCCAAACAAUAUGCCAAGCUGGAGAACCAUGGUAACUUUGUUGCAGCCUCAGAUGUAGAGACCUGUGAGCAGGACCUUGCCAAGUUGAUGCUGGUUUCUGUGGAGGAUCGGACGGACACUUCCUCCCCACUGAGUACUGACUCCCCCUCACCUUCUCCAGUCUUUCUCCCAAGCCCUCAACACCAUUCAUCAUCAUCCUCCGCAUGCUCGCUCUCCUCCUCCGGAAGUGACAUAGAAUCUGAUUCUCCGCCGAGCAGUAAUGCUGCAAUCCAACUCCACCCCCUCACCUUGGCUUCAGUCCAUUCAGUAAUCCAGAUGGCUGCGGACCUGAGGGCCACACAUCCGACGGGCUUUAUCCACACCACGCCUCAGGUCCCGAUGUCUCUCCCAGAAAACCUAUCCAUCCCCACCCUCUCUGAUUACCAGUUCUACCAUGAGAAUACACCUUCAAUCAAUGUUGUACACAGAAACAUGGCACAAGCUACGCAAGUCUCCCAGCACACUAACUCCACAAGCCCUCUUCCCAGCCCCUUUCACCAGCUCCACCAUCCUCAGGUAGGAAGGCAACAGAGCCACACCUACACAAUGAGAGCCAGUUCCCACAGCUCACUUGAGCCGCACAAAGUUGGCUUCAAGCACAACCAAGGGGGAAGCGUCCAAGGUCAAAACCCCUCUCAAGGUAACUUCAGUCCCCAGCGGCGGUUUGUUCCACAGGGUCAUAACAUGGCACCAGGUUUCAGGAACCAGCAGCAGUACAACCGUAACACCUGGCGACGUAGAAAGAGGGAAAGCCUUCCUGCUCUUAACCAGAGCAGAUGAAAGACUGAAGGUGCAUGUCUCAAUUUGACAGGCACUGGUUUUUGAAGGCCUCGCUUAGCCCAUCAUGUUUAUCAGUGUUGAGAAGCUGUGAAUGAUUUGCAAUACACCUGUUUUUUUGGUUUUGUUUUUUUUUUUUUCCCGCUGGAGGCUUUCAAAAACGCAUCUAUUUCAUCCUAGAAUUCUCUAGUCAAUCGAAGUAGUCUGCUGAGGCGUCUAAUGAUCAGUCUGUGCUAGCAUUGUGUAACCACCAAGUGAUGCUACAAUGCUUUUGCAGAUGAGACCUACAGUCUCGUCAGUCAUUUUGUUACAGUGGCCUGAUGGUCAUCAGAAGCUCUUCCUCUGAAUUUGAUGCACACCAGCACAGACUUGGAGUCGACCGAAGAAUUAGUCAUUCCCAGACUGGGUCUUCUCAAAAGUGUCACUUUCCAGCUGCUAAAAACUCUGGCUGGUUAGCUAAAGAGUUCAGUCAAGUAUUGAAUUUCCAUGCAACUCGAUUAUCUUUAAAAAGCAACAUCAUGUGCCAUGGCAUUGAACUGGUUUAUCAAACCUGACCUGUCUUGAAGUUUUGACUCUUAUUGGGCCUUUUUGAUCAGGUUUUAGGCUCAUUUUGGUCUUUUGAAUGCAAAACCCUAUUGGCUCUGCUCUUAAUUGAGAACUCUUUCAGCUUGGACUAUCACCUACAAAUUGUACUCUGGACUGAAGUGAAGCACUACCUUUCUACCUAUGCAGCGGAACGCUGUCUCGAUGUUUUUUGAUGCGACUGCACAAAACGGACCUCGUCUCAAGUGCUUAAACUGUGAUGACUUGUUUGAAUGUACCAAGUGUUUGUUUUUCUGUUAGUCAUUAUUUUUUGUUGUUUUUGUCACAGAGGGGUUUUUUUUUUUUGCUCACAUUGCCACUAUUCUGUUUUGUUUUUGUAAACUGUUGUAAACAUUACCACCUUAUUUUAUGUUUGUUGCGUUUAUGUGCAAUAAUGACUUGCUUUUAUUUAAUUUAUUUCACAUUUUAGUUUUAUUUUAGGGGUUCUCCCCACUAUAAGUUUGCUUUUCCUUAUCUCUGGACUACACUGAUCUGUGCAAUAGAUGGAUUUAAGGGCCUUUUGAAGGAAUGUGUUUGUUUGUAUGUACUCCCAGCAGAAGGGGGAGCUUUGGUAUUGAAACAAGAGAAAUGUGCCAAAAAUCCCACAAUGCCAACAUUUUAUUCAUGUUUAGUUUAGCUUUGAAUUAUGAUCACUUGAAUUUUUGCCAACUGCCUGUCCAAAUGUUUUCCACCACUAGUUCUCAUUUUAAACAUAUCACUCUAUUCAGUAGUUUGACUUUUAUUUGUGUGUAUUUCCUCUUGUAGGCUGUAAUGGGGGAAAUGCACCUUUAGAAAUGUUCCUAAGUGUCAUUUCAAAAAUAGUUGGUGCUACUUAUUACCAGCAAAAUGCUUAUUUUAUGCCUUAUAUCUCCUUUUGAUUUCUGUUACAGCAACAGUUUAACUGCCUUCUUUAAUGACCAAAUCUGCCCUUUCUCCUGUAUGUAGCCAGCUGUCUGUAUUAUCUAUUUGUUUCUAAAAGCACUGCCAGAUUUACUGGGCUUCAUUUUUACAUGCAGCUCAUAGGUUGAUGCUCCAGUAGUAGAUUCCUACUGCACUCUACAAUAGCAUUAGCAUCAUUUCACUUUUUAUUUUUUAUUUUCAAAGGUGAUCAUUACAAACCGGUUGUGUAAGAGAUUUUCCUCUCACAUAUUUAAAGACAGUAUUUCUAAGACAAGGUUUCAAAGCUACAUAAUCUACGCAACAAUCCAUAAGUGAACUUGAGCUUGGGAUGUCACAGAUUCACCAUUACAGGUCUUUUAGUAGGGCCAUUAACCAAACCAAAUCUAUCAUAAGUUUCAAAAGUCUGUGAUUACUGGACUACCAUGCAUGCCUCUGAUGGACUCAACAUGAUACUGGUAGCAUUAUCCUCUUUUCAGUGGGCUUUCAUUAUUAAGCCAUCUAGAGGAAAUUGAUGGGUUGUCGCAUAACAUUGUCACAAACCAAAUCCCCAGCUCAUAUUGUGUGUAAUUAAGGAUGGAUUGUGUGCAAAUUACUGUCAUAUAGAUGUAAACCUUGUUUUUUUUAUGUAAGUCUUUCUAUUUUUUUAAUAAACAUUUUAAAACUC